CCAACCAGCUGUGUUUUUAAAAGGCUGUAAAUGAUUGACGUUUAAUUUGUGCAAGACGAUAAUAUAUAUGGGCGUGGUUUACUAAGCAAACAGCCAAUGACAAUGGAUUAUGUGUAGUCAGUUCAGUACGUUACGUUGUGGGAUCGUUCUGCGUAUGAUGUCGGAUGUAAUCUGCUGGUGUAGAGACGAAGAAAGAGAGGAGUAGGAGAGAGGGGGAAAUUGGUACGUUUCUUGAGGAGGGACAUGGCCCAGGAGACCAACCAGAACCAAGGGCCGCUGCUCUGCACCACUGGCUGCGGUUUCUACAGCAACCCGCGAAACAAUGGCAUGUGUUCGAUGUGCUACAAGGACUUCCUCCAGAGACAAAACAACAAUGGACGAGUCAGUCCACCAGUGUCGUCCUCUGCGGCGGUUAGCAGCCUGGGGGAGUCCCUCCUAGCCCAGUGCUCAGAGAGCAGUACUGUAGACGUGCCGUCAUCCACGACCCACACAGACACCAGGAUGAACAGGGUUGUAUCUAGCCAGUCACUCUUAACGACAGCACCAGCUACUCAUUCAGAAGAGGAGAGGACAGCCAAGUCUGAAGAAGACCUGAAAACAGAAGAGAUACAAGAGCGAACACCAUGUAGAGCAGCUGUAGAAAGUGAACAGCAGGAGCCCAGCACAGCAGGUAGCUCAGAGACUUUCCCUGAUAGACAGGACAGUCAGCCAGUGAAAAGCCAGGAUAGCCAGGACAGGAAGUCAGUCAGAAGGCCUGCCCCAGAGGACAGCUCUCGCAAGAGGAAGCUAGAGGAGCCACAUGGAGAGAAGGUGUCUGUAUCGGUAUCCGAGGACACGGACCAGGCCUCGGUAGACGGACAGGACAAACCCUCGGACUCGGACCAACCCAAAGCCGCCAAGAAGAAUCGCUGCUUCUCCUGCCGCAAGAAAGUUGGCCUCACGGGCUUCGACUGCCGAUGCGGCAACGUGUUCUGCAGCAUGCACCGGUACUCAGACGUUCACAACUGCACUUUCAACUACAAGGCCGACGCAGCGGAGAAGAUCAGGAAAGCGAACCCUGUCUGCGUCGGGGAGAAGAUACAGAAGAUCUGAAGGUUUGCUGAGAAUCGAUGUCCACCCGGAAGCCUGCGCUUUUAGAUGACCCAUCAACCACCUCUUCCUUUCUCCGUUUCCUCUUUUGAUUUGAAGUUGUUUAUGUGAGCAACGCUCCAUUCCCAUCGGACACUUUAAAAUCAUGCAUGUCAGCUGCAAAAACUAUGUCUUUGUAAAUGUAUUUUUACUUAACCUGUUUCCUUUUGUAGUUUUAAUUAUUUUAUCCCUUAAAUGUUGUGGUUUAUGAAAAAUCUGAAGAUUUAAACCGUUACAAUAUUUAGAAUGAUUAAAUGGGCUUUAAUUACUUUGUUGGCUACUACUGGAAAGGCUGUGUUUUUCUGGUGUUAAAAAAAAAUACAAAAAACAAGCAUGUUAAAAAGCAUCAAGGAUCUUUCCAUUCCUCGUUUUGGACUGUAUGUAGCCUGACAAAGACGACGGAACAGAUUGUGUUUUACAUUAUCAGCGAGAGAGCAGAAACCAGGAUUGUGCCGUUGCUCCCAGACCUUUUUGUAUAAUUGAGUCAUUUUAAAGACUGUGUGAUCUGCUGUGUAAACUCUUUUAUGUUUAAUGUUUAUCAUAUGAUUAUGAAUAGCCUGUAUGCAUGUUUCCGGUUGUGCGUUUGAGGAUUAUAAAGUUCAUUUAUGGGUGCACAGGAGUAUGACCCGAAUCUAUUGUUCUGUAUUUAUGUUAGUUUAUUCACUGUCUUAACUUUGAUCUGAAUAAAGCUCUAACACAUUUUUGAAAAUUUGAAA